ACCCGGCAGUGCUGCAAAGGAAGCGCUUAGUGGAAACUGGAGACUCGUGUAGCGAUCGAUUGCUACUGUCUGAUCUCUGUGAUGUAAAGAUGGAUGCCUGCCGACAUAGGUUGUAAACGUGGGAAGCAAAGUCCCCGGCGGUGUUCAACGGGCAGUUCCUUGUUCCGGCCACUGCGUGCUGCGCGCUACAGCAUGACCACAGCAACGUCGGCUCAUCUGGUAGUUCUGGCAAAUGAAAAUGGAGGAGGUUUCAAUGUCCAGCCUGGACAACAGCAAGCUGGAGGGCCUAGCUCAGGACAUCCUGUCUGACCUGGUGGAGGAUGCAUGCCUGGGUCUUUGCUUCGAGGUCCACCGGGCCGUCAAGCAGGGCUAUUUUUUCCUGGAUGACACGGACCAGGAAAGCAUGAGGGACUUUGAAAUCGUGGACCAGCCAGGAUUGGACGUGUUCGGCCAGGUGUACAACCAGUGGAAGAACAAAGAGUGUGUAUGUCCCAACUGCAACCGGAGCAUUGCUGCCUCACGCUUUGCCCCACAUCUGGAGAAAUGCCUGGGGAUGGGACGCAACAGCAGCCGUAUCGCCAACCGCAGAAUAGUCACCGGUAACAACACCAACAACAAGUCAGAGAGCGACCAAGAGGACAACGACGACGUCAACGAUAACGACUGGUCUUACGGUGCAGAAAAGAAAGCCAAGAAAAGGAAACCUGACAAGAAUCCAAACUCACCCCGAAGAUCUAAAUCAUUCAAGCAUAAGAGCAGCAUGAUGGGUCCGAGACGUCGCAUGGAUAACCAGGAGAGCCCGCGCAUGCUGAUGAAAGAUGAGGCAUUCCCUCAAUAACACACUCGGCCACAAACACACAUUCUCUUACCACCAUGUUUGCACAAACACACACACACAGGAAGACCAGUAACACUCAACGACGUCCAUGUUGUAGGUGACAUUCAUGGCGUUUGCUGCUCUGCAGAAGCAGUCUAGACCUCCCACUGUAUACGUGACAGAUUUGUUUCUUUUUUCCCCACAACAUCAACGUAACAACACUCAUUUCUUCUUUUGUUUUUAGUUAAUUUUGUCUACGAUUUAUUUUUUUUGCUGGAGUCCAAAAUAAUAAAUGUCACUAUGUACGAUUUCACUGCACAGAGGUAGCUUCUGGUGUCAUUCAUGCAGUGGCCAAGCAGAGGUGGCUGUGUGAAGAGCAAACACUUUUUUUAUUUUUUAUUCAUAAAUGAUUAGACUUUAGGUGUACUUCUAUUUCCUCACCUUUUUUUAAAAUUGUAUUCUUUGAAAAAUAAUGUCAAAGACAAUCAUUACUAAUGAUUUGUCUUUUUAUUUUAACAUUCACUGCAGGCUCACCGUUAUUCAGUUGAAUCACAAUACAGUGUUUGAUAGAGAAGCAAACCUCAGUUUGUCAUUCACCUGUGGAAACAGUUCAGUAAAUGGGCCCUUAAUUGUACAAACGGGUAUUUACUGCAGAUUUGUUUCGUUUAAUUACAUUUUUGGUGGAUUUGUCAGCUUGUUUUCUAGCAUUCAAAAUGUCUUUGUAUCAUGUGUUUACAUUGUAAAGGGUAACAUAUAUCUUUGGUGUGAUGUGAUAGUGUAAAUAUUCCAAUAGUUGAAUUGCUGCUAUCAUGGCUCAAGUUUGUUUCUUCUGUCUAACAUAAUAAAUGAUUUGUUACCUGUCGUUA